GUACAAUUUCGCCACGUGACAUUUUAACCCAAACAGGAAGAAAGCAGAAGAAAAGUUACAUGCGAUUUUUGUGAGCAGGGGAUCUUAUCUAAGAGAUGGAGUCGGAGAGGGGGGAUAUAGAGAGGAGGCUGCAGAGGAUGGAAGCAGAGAUGCAGUGGCAGAAGGAGGACACAGAGAGGAAGCUGCAGAGGCUGGAAGCAGAUAUGCGGAAGCAGGACUCAGAGAGUAAGCUGCAGAGGAUAAAAGCAGAGAUGCAGUGGCAAAAGCAGGACAUGGAGAGGAAGCUGCGGAGGAUGGAAGCAGAGAUGCAGAAGGAGGUGCUGUACAGAGGGCUGCUGAAACAGGACAAGAAAUACGAGGCUGUAAAGCAGUAUGCAGUGGAUGUGAUUCUGGAUCCUGAUACAGCUUUUCCGCAUCUCACUUUGUAUCCUGAUGGUAAACAAGUGAAUGAAGUAGGCGAAUGGAAGAACCUCCCUGAUACCCCACACAGGUUUUCUCAUAACGGCUAUGUUUUGGGAAAGCGUGGUUUCUCCUCUGGAAGAUUUUAUUUUGAGGUGCAGGUCAGCGGAAAAAGUCGGUGGACUUUAGGAAUCAUUAGGGAGAAUGUUAACAGGAAGGGGCAUAUUGACCUGAGUCCUCAGAAAGGAGUCUGGGCUGUAAGACUAUGGGAUGAGACUGAGUACAAGGCUUGUGCUGAUCCUGAAACCCCCCUCACACUGAAGGAGAAGCUGGAGAAGAUUGGGGUGUUUGUGGAUUAUGAGGAGGGUCUGGUCUCCUUUUAUAAUGCGGGGUCCAGAUCUCAUAUCUACUCUUUCACUGGUCAGUAUUUCAAUGAGAAAAAACUCUAUCCACUUCUCUGUCCAUGGAAUAAUGCAGACAAUAAAAAUUCAACACCACUGAUCAUCACUCCUGUAUGUAAGACUGAAUAAAUGUUGACCUGAAAAUGAAAAUGAUUGAAAAUGAUUUGAAUGGAGUAUUUUUUUAGAAAAAUAUAUUCAUUAUAUUCAACAUACAUUGAUUAUUGUAUAAUAUUCAAGUGCUGUACAGUUUCUUAAUACCUUUGUUUGCAUAAACAAAACACAUAAUUAUCAUAGAUCUUUGUCAUUUUAAAUGAAAUAUGAACAUAUAAUAAAAUAUGUGAUGUUAAGCUGCAGGUAUGUUUGUUUGUCCUUUAGACCUCAUUUAAUACAAGCAUAAUCAGAUUUAUGUUUUAGUAAUAAACCUGUCAAGAUCAUUCUG